AUGUCCAAUCCAAUUGCUAGCACAGUGGGUUCUCCGGACACGGGGAAACCCCCCUCCGUUGAGCAACAUGAGCAGUCAGCGCCAAAGAGCCAGCCCGAGGACCUGCACAGGCUCAAUUCCAAACUUGCACACCCCCUCUCGGGGAUCCCACACGAGGAGCUGAUGGAGAUGGGUGCUUCCUAUGCCCGUGAGAACGAGAUGGAGGACCUACAGGACGAGUUCAGGAAAGGAGCUCUCCUCGCCCAGAAUCCCCAAGCUUUCGAUACAUUACCAUUAUUGACGGACGACGACAAGUAUUACCUGCGAAGAGAAGUCACCCACAAAUGGAGCCACCCCAAAGACCUGUAUCAUAUGGUUGUAAUGUGUUCUAUGGCUGCCGCAGUUCAGGGAAUGGGUACGUAACCCUUACAAGCACGCUGUGAAGGCAAGAGUAACCCUCGCCAACAACCGCAUUACAGAUGAGACCGUCAUCAAUGGAGCCAACCUUUUCUUCCUUAAACAAUUUGGGAUCGAGCACCGAGAAUGGAUCGCCGGCCUCGUUAAUUCGGCCCCAUAUUUAGCCUGUUUCACAGUCGGCUGUUGGUUAACCCAUCCUCUCAACAAGCAAUUCGGUCGUCGGAACACUAUCUUCAUCACUUGUUUCAUCUCCUUCGUGACAUGCUUAUGGCAAGGGUUCACGAACACAUGGCCUCAUAUGUUUGUUGCGAGAUUUAUGUUAGGUAUUGGAAUUGGCCCUAAGAGUUCAACCGUCCCGGUCUAUGCGGCGGAAUGCUCGCCGCCAGCGAUCCGAGGUGCUCUGGUUAUGAUGUGGCAGAUGUAUGGCCCUAUUUCCCCCCCAGCAUCCCCCCUACCUUGCUACUAAUGCCCGUUGCUACUCCAGGUGGACCGCAUUUGGCAUCAUGCUGGGUUAUAUUGCCGAUGUUGCGUUCUACAACGUCCAGGACCCACCUCACGUGAGUACCUCCGAUGCGUCGGGACAGAAAGGGAAGUUCGUCCUGAAAAAAUCCUUGAUAGAUCACCGGCCUCAAUUGGCGUCUCAUGCUUGCCUCCGCUAUGAUCAUACCCUUGAUUGUCUGCUUUCAGGUCUAUUUCUGUGUAGGUUGCCAUUUAUGUCUUGGCUCCAUUUGAUGGUUGAGACUGAUUUCCCGCCCAUAGCCUGAGUCUCCCCGUUACGAAAUGUUGAAGGGCCGCCAUAAGCGCGCUUUCAACUCGCUUGCUCGCCUACGAUGGACAAAGGUCCAGGCAGCCAGGGACCUGUUCUACAUGCACACUCUCCUGAAGGUCGAAGCCGAGCUGAAUAGGAAGAGUGGUAGUAAACUCGUCGAGUUCUUCACUGUUGGGCGCAACAGGAGAGCCAUGAUUGGUUCCGAAAUUGUCAUGUUUAUGCAGCAGGUAUGUGAAUUCACCGACGAGCCCUCCUCAUUCUUACCCGAACUAACUUUGGCACAGUUUUGCGGGGUCAAUGUUAUCGCGUACUACUCCUCAGUCAUCUUUAAGGACUCUGGAUUUAGCGUCAUUGAUUCCUUGUUGGCCAGUCUGGGCUUCGGAAUUAUUAACUUCCUGUUCGGUGGGCGUUGCUUUGCUAAUCCUGUGAAACGAAUGCUAAUGUGUGGCAACAGCUAUUCCCGCGGUGUACACCAUCGAUACCUUCGGUCGUCGAUUCCUACUUCUCACUACGUUCCCACUUAUGGGUCUCUUCCUGCUAUUCACCGGAUUUUCGUUCUGGAUUCCUGAUAGAGAGGCAAGGAUUGGAUGCGUUGCCCUCGGGAUUGUAAGCGCACUAUAGAAACCCUAGCCGAUAAGCCAAUUGAUCUAACAUCUUUUAGUACUUGUUCGGGAUUGUGUACUCUCCCGGUGAAGGGCCGGUGCCAUUCACGUACUCAGCAGAGGCGUACCCUCUCUACAUUCGUGAUCUCGGUAUGUCGCUCGCUACAGCGACGACAUGGGGUUUCAAUUGGCUGUUGUCGAUGACCUGGUUACCACUCGUACGAGCUUUCAAGCCGCAAGGAGCCUUUGGAUACUAUGCGGCAUGGAACGGUAUUGGGUUCGUUCUGGUUCUACUCUUCUUGCCCGAGACCAAGGGAAGAACUUUGGAGGAAUUGGACAGAGUGUUCGAGGUUCCCACACGGAGUCAAAUGAAAUAUGGAUUGGCACAGGUUUGUAUCCAGGUCAGAGCAUCUUUAGCAAGAGAUAACAACACUAACCUCAAACAUUCAGGUUCCAUGGUUUUUCAAAAGAUACAUCUUCCAACAAGACGCCCCACCCCCCAAGCUAUUAGAACUAGAAGAUAUAGAGUACCACCCAGAUGCCUUCCAGAGCGGGAGCAAGGAAAUGGGUGAGGGUAACAGCGUUUGA